GACGAGAGUCUUUACUUGGUACGGAAUGUAGUUGCUUUUGCGUGCUCCGUGCUCGACUUGUCGUGCCGGGAUACGGUGUUGGCCGGUGGGUUAGCUCUGCUGUUCGAGACCAGAUGAAGGGGAUGAGAGAGUACCUAGGUAUGUUGCAAUGCCGUGACAAUGCCAAGAUGUUGACGUUGACGGGAUCAUCAGGAUCAGGAAGGAGGAAACAUGAUGGAUCAUGGAAACGCCAAGAAGAUGAAUGAUAUAAGAGGAGGUCGAGAUUCCUGCCAGAAAGACGAAAUAUCUCUCCUUCUUCUCACCAGGCUCUUCACCUCCAUCAGUCCUUCUCUUCUCUCAGCUCGCUCCUGAUACUUCUGUGGUCUGCUUCACUCGACAGCAACCCCUCGUCGUCUCGUCCUUGAAUAUCCAGAGACUCAUCACCAUGGCGCUCCGCUCCGCCCUCGCCGCGGCCCUGGCCCUGUCCCCCUUCAUUGGGACCGUCGCAGCCCACGGCAGCCACACGACCGACGAAAUUGCCACAGAGAUCGCCCUCCGCGACGUCGUCACCGUCCACGGCAAGCGCGCCCUGGACGCCUGCUCCAACUCCCCUGCCGCCCUGGCCCUCAAGCAGCGCGCCCUCGAGCGCCGCGCCAACACGGCCCAGAUGCUCCGCGAGAAGCGUGGCCUCACCGACCAGAAGAUGCACCAGAAGCGUGCCCAGGCCGACCUCGUCAAGUGGGCCGCCGUCGACCACGAGUCCACCGAGGCCUACAACCUCGACACCCCUCUUGAGGAGAUCUUUGGUUCCAACGCCACCUGCGCCCUCGUCCCCUUGACCACCAUCGGCCCUUACUACGUCGAGGGCGAGCUCAUCCGCGUCGACACCACCGACGGCCAGGCCGGCGUCCCCGUCCACCUCGACAUUCAGUUCGUCGAGACCCUGGCCCCCUACACCAGCAACACCCAGACCCUCACGACCAACCUCCAGGACGGCAUCGCCGCCGGCGAGGCCACCGCCCUGUACGACCCCUUCCUCAAGUACGUCCGCCUCGGCGAGGACCUCAACGACGGCCUCCUCAUGUGGAUCACCAUCGGCAUCGACACCACGGCCGACUACAGCGACGAGGUCCGCGCCGCGGCGCACUACUACGAGGGCGGCGGCGUCGACCAGAGCAGCGGCGGCGACGGCCCCGGUGGCCCUCCUCCCAAUGGUACCUUUCCCACCGGUGCUCCCCCGGGUGCCCCGCCCACCUCUACCCCGUCUGCUUAA